AUGGCAGGCAAAUCUCUCAAGCGCCCAUGUCCCACCAAGUAUCAGACAGCCAACUCCGAGUCAGACUUGGACACCCAUGCCAACGACAUCAUACCCAGCACACCCUCUGCCAGUGAGGCUCUCCAAGUCAACGCUAACAUGCCCCAGGACGAGACCAAGGCCAAAUGUCCGCGUCUUCGCCGGUGGGCUAGCAUCCAACUAGAAAAGCAGCAGAAGGAAGAUGCACUCAACUUGCAAUGGGCCCGGGAGCGAGCGGAUGCGGAAGAGGAACAACGCCGACGGGAUAACGAAAUUGUUGAGGUGACAGUUGGAUACCUUCGACAACUUAUUGAACACCGUUGGGAUACUGAGAAGUCACUCACUGAGGCCAACCGUUGA